UAAUAGUGUUUUGAAUUUCAAUAAUAUUAUAAAUACUUAUAUUGAGAAUGAUAUAUUUACUGUAGAAAUACAUGACUGCAAGUGGGCUGAUUCCGAAAAUUAUACCGAUGUACGACGGGCAAGAAUUAAAAAUCAAUCAAAAGUUAGUAAUGGAUGGUCUAUCGACAAUAUCGAUACGAAAUAUGCACAGAACCAAUAACGAAAGCGCCAUUACGGUAAAAUACAUAAUUUAUUUUUGAAACUAUAACUAUGUUAGAUAAAACAAUUCGUGGUUAUUUUUUUUUCGAUUUCAAGUAAAAUUUAUCGGAGGUUUGAUAAAAAGAGCCACCGGUCGACCAUCUCAAUGGCUAAAUAACUCGUUUCAAAAACGAAAACUAAUAUUAUACUUGAUUUUAAUUGUUUCUUACUUUAAAAAUGUGGCCGUAAAUAUUUAUUUACAAUUUUGAUAAUAUUAAAUAAUAUAUUCAGUUAGGUGUUCAAAGAUGCUAUUGACAUUAUUGAUUACAAAUUACAACUAUAAUAAUGCGUGUUAAAAUAUAGUAUUAGAUUUAGAGUAAUAGGUUUGUAGGAAAUAUACAACUAUAGAUUCUAACCCAUAAGCAUAAGAAAUAUCAAAUUCCUAAUUCCUUAUUAGAUUUUUCAAUUUUUUCCAAUUUACGUAAGGGAUGUGAACACAAUUAUCAAAACAACUUCACUUGAUACUUCACUUAUAGACUAAAAAUUAAAAAGAACAUUAAUGUUAAUAUUAAAUCUUUUUGGAAUAUAAAUUCAAUAUCUUAAAUCUUAGAAAUCCAAUAUUCCUACGUCAAAGUUUCUGGACAAGACUUCCGCUCACAUUUUAAAUGAUAUCUCUGAAUUAUUAGCUAGCCAUUUCUCCUCUGUUAGUCUAAAAUUAAUAUAUCUGAUGAUGUUUUAGAAUUUAUUAAUUCCAAUUUAUUCAUGAUUUAAAUAUUAACUCAAUGUCUUUAUCUAUCAAUCUGUGUGAAAAAUGUAUAAAUAGACGAAGUAUUAUUUGAAAUCACUUUGGUGUUGAAUUUUUGAUUUCUGUAAACCUGUUAUAAACGAGAUAUUUCACAUAAGUUUGGAUAGUGGGAAAGUAGGUUAGCCUAACAGAAAAAAUCGCCCGUGUUUCUUAUGUUUCGUGUUUAUGUUUCCUAAAUGGUAAACGAAAUUUUAAUAUAUUCUUUUACAGAUCUGUUCCCUGGAAAUUCUCAAAGUGAACGGAACUAAAGGAACUCAUUCCUUUGAGUCCGUUCGUUUUAAACACUAUCGUUCCAUACAAAUUUUGGGGCUCUUGAUUAACUUAAUUGGUGGCAUUUAAAACUAUUCGUUGGGUCAUACCUUUGGCGAUAAUGCGCAUCUGUAGGGUGGAUAUAAACACUAUUUCUACCGUUACUAUGCUGCCCAUCAUUUCUAAUCAUUUUUAAUUUGUGUGUGUGUUAAAUGUAUGUUUAAAUAGCGCUUGUAAGACAAUAAUAUGUGGAUAGAGGAAGAAUAUUUGAUGUUUGGCAAAUGCUUAUCGAACAAAAAUCCACUAGAUGGCGCAUAGUUACCGUUUAUUUAUUUAUAUGAAUUACUUAUUGUUAUUAUUAUUUUUAAAUUGUAUAACUAUUUCGUUGCGUUGAAUUUAAUAUUCAAACAAUUAAGUAUGUAGUAAACAACUAAUAAAUGUACCUACUGAUAUAUUUUUCGACUAUUCUAGGAUAGGAUUGAUAGGAACAUAGUAUGUAUUAUAAACAAAAAUAAAUAUGCUGAUAGAAAGUUACUAUGAAUAACUUAUUUGUUUUUAAUUUCAUAAUAUACAGAGUGAUUAUUUUUUAUCAAGAACCAGCAAUUAUCUCAGAGAAUUUUAUUGUAUUUGCUUUCUGUUUUUUCUAAUCAAUAUGAAAUCGUUUAAGCUUUAUUAUAAAACGAUUCUUAAUUUUUUACUUCUACUCCAUAUACCUUAAAUAAGUGCAUACUAAAUCUGUGUUUAAAAGGGGAGGGGUUCUAUUUUAAAAUCAAAAGUAUGUAAUUUUGUUGAGGUCUAUUGUAUUUCCUAAUAUUUUAAAUAUUCCAUAACUUACGUAAAAAUGUAUUAUCAAUUAUUAUAUAAGUAAAAAUACGAGAAAAAAGUUUGAAUAUCAAAAAAUGAUUUAUAUUUAUUUAAUUCAUAAUAGUUAAACAGUGAAUUGUAAAUUUUAAUUAAUAAUUUUUACAUCAGCAGAGUAUCAAUAAUAUAUUAUUACAUUUUUAUCAUUUUCUAAUAUGUUUUUUUCAUAAUAAAAUAAUGAAAUAAUUACCUACUUACCAAUUUUAAUUUUUUUUUUUUUUAAUAACGAAAAACUAGUUUAUGCAGACAUUUCAGGGGUUCCAAAUCAAUACAUUCGCAACCCCUUACCACUUCCCCCAAUACACCACUGUGUAUGUACAUGUAUUUUGUCACUGUGAGUGGGAUAAAAAUAUACCUACUUAGGCACACUAUGUUGAAAAGUAGUAAAUCCGUGUAAACUUCUUGUUGCAAUAUUCUAUUAUUAAAAUGUAUAUUUUAUGCAUAUCUGACUAACGAUUUUUGAAUACAGAAAAGAAAUUCGUUCUUUAACCUUCAUCGUCCUGAGUUAAAAGGGUUGAACAUUUUAGCUCAUGUCACAAAAAGCCAAAAAGAAAAUAGGCUACAAAAGCGCAUUUUAAAAGAAGUAAAGACACUCGACAAUAUGAACACAAGGUAACGAAUAUUUUGAAUGUUUGGAAUAUAUCAUGGUAUAUUUUUUUAAGAAGGCAUGCUUUAUGACAGUAAAAAUUGUUUUACAUAACUAACAUAAUUAAGGAAUCAAGAUGUUCAUUAUAAAAAAGUGCAACUACAAAUAAAAAAAUAGUCAUUGUAGUAAAAUCUGAUAAUUAUAUGUUUUUACAUAUCAUAAAUAACUAUAUCAAAUAUUUAAAAUCAGUGUUGCAUAGUGCAGGUUCUCUUUUUUAUGUUGAAAAUUUGGUUCUUUGUUAAAUCUAUAGCCCGAGAAUGUUUUGUCUGCGUGAAACACAAUUUUUUUGCGUACAUUUUUGAUAAUUUAAUGGUUACACAAUAGAUUUUUGUGAUAAUGACAUUGAGCUGUUAGAGGAUAUAUUUGAAUUUAUAAAACUAUAUAUUUUCAAAAAUAUCAAGAAAAUCUUAUUGUACGCUGCCGCUUAAAUUGGGAAGUAGCAAGUUCUUCUAAAUUUAAAAUCAAUAUAGUUGUACAAUCAUAUGAUAAUGUUGUUUUUUUGUUUCAUGGGAGAUCGCUUCAUAAACACGAUCUACCUCAAAGUUUAACACCGAAGAUUCAAUCGAAAUCUAUUUAUAAAAAAGGUAAUUUGUUAUAAUUAAAAAUCAUAUCGAAUAAAAUAUACUAGUUUUUCUUUGUAUUUUGUUGAUCAAAUAUUGAUAUGUACCGAACCGAAUGUUUUAUUUAAAUUGGUACGUUCGUUAUCAUGAAAGUCUAAACUUUUUUCAAAAUUUUUUUUUUAGAACUAUUAAGAAAGCAGCUUUACAAUUUUUCAUUUAUGUUAGUUUAUGUCUCCUUUAUUAUUCGGGGUGUAAAAGCUACUUAAUUUUGAUUUUUAAAUUACAAUCUAAACAAUUUUUAAACCCAAAGUUAUAUAUUGAAUAUAUAAUUUCCAAAAAUAGAUGGAAUAUUUCUUGAAAUAUAUAUUGGCAUUGAAAUUUUUGAUUCUUGUCAAUCCGUUUUGCAUAUUUAACUUUUAAGUUAGGUUCAGGGAAGAGUAGUAGGGCAUUAUUUGUGUGGUGGCAUGGUGUGCUGCGCGGUGUUUCAAUAAUGCAUCGCUAUACUUACUCAUCAAAAAUAAAUUAUAGUUUUUACCCCCGAAAAUAAGGGUGACAAAAAAUAGCAUGCAUGUCAAAUUGUCGAGUUGCUGAUUUCAAAAAUGUUCUAAAAAUUCUAAAAAAAUUAAUACUUUCUGAGAUAAUGAGUGUCCUACGAUAGAUAACAAGGUAGAGUUGUUAUUUUUGCGUCUUUAUUUUUUCUUAUGGAUUAUAAUUAGGUACUAAAUAUUAGUUUGUGGUCACAUGACGAUAGUUAAACGUGAUAGUUGCUAUAGCGUAAAUAACAUUGCCAUAGCAAAAAUUUACCAACACUAUCAUUAUGUAUUCAUAUCGGAUUUCUAGAUUUGAUAGCAUGCGUGAUAAUGAUGCAGUACAACAUUACAUAUAAAUAUUAUUAUUAAAAAGAUAAAACAAACUUCAUAUGUCUCUAAGGACACUUCAAACUGAAUCACAACAGCAAAAAAAAAAAAAAAAAACUGAAAAUAAUAAAAGCAUUGUUUUCCCGUUUUUCAUACGUUAUUUUUUCCCACGUAUUAUAAAAACUGCUAGGCAAAUCAGUAAAUGAUGCUCCCUAAAGUACCAACUAGACAAAAUUUACUUUUCGCAAAGAUUUCUAAUAGGAAUAUUGUACACAGCAUAAAUAAAAGCCGCUCACAAUUUUAAAAAUAUGGUAAAAGUAUUUAAUUCUUCGCUUCACUAAGAAUUUAAAAUUUAAUAUGAAACAGCUGGGUAUCAUUAUUUGUGUUAAUUUUGUAUAAUGUAAUUUUAAUAUUUCAUAACUAAAAGAGUUUAGCUUUAUUUUCCUUUAACAUGAAACAUAUUAAGGAUAUUGUCCGGACCAUGGUAAUACUUAAUUGUGAUAAUAACCAUCAUUCUCCGGAUAAAACUAAAACUAUCAUGCAGGUAUCAUGCGGUACCUAGUCAUAGGUAUAAAAAGUAAUUUCUUUAUCAUCGAUGCCGUUAGUAUGGUAGUAAUUUUCAUAUUGUUUACGCGGUGACGGUAUAGAACAACUUGCAUGUGAAUGACUAUCAUAUUAUUAGCGACUAUCACGCGUAUAUUUAUCAUCAUCUGAUCACGGUGGUGUAAUAAUCAUUUGAAUGAAUACCUGUUUAUAUUUAAUAGUCAAAUCAGAUUCGGCACAAUCGAUGGGAAAUAGUUUUUCUAAAAGAUCCAGUUUGGUAGCCAAGACAAAAAUGCCGAUAAGAAAUGAUUGCCUGCAAAAAAUGCGGCUGGACAGUAAUAAUUAUGGUAAGCUAUAAUAGAUUAAUUAAUAGGCCGUAUAAAGUAUAGUAAGUUGUUUCUUGCCGUGUGUUUUUAUUUCACAGAUAUGGAACUUGAAGUGUCGUCAUCAGCGUCAAAAGAAGAUAAAUCUAGCUGUGUGUAUGACGUGGAAAUAAAAUCUACACUUAUCAAUUGAUAAUUGCCAGGAAAUACACCUAGGCACAUAAAGCACUAUACAAACAUUACACACCUUUACGAAACGAAUCGAAUGAUUCUGGAGGACACAAAUUUCCUUUUAAAUUCCUAAAUUGACCUUACAUUGUUAAUUAAAAGUUUAGUUAAACGAUAUACAAUUGUCAACAGUAGUAGAAAAAUGGGGAUCUUGGUGCAGACAGAUACUUUCCCAUUUAAAAACUAAUUNUUAUCUCUAUUCACAUACUUUAAUUUGAUAAUAUUUAAUUCUUUGGGAUCUAAAUUUUCAUAU